CCAGCACAGGGCGGAAGCCCCAGGAGCCCGGGGAGGAGCUUCGCGCCCGGAGCGCACGCACGCCCACCCGCCCUACGUGCUCGCUCGCCUCCGUCCGCUGCGCGCGAGCCCCGAGUCUCCGCGGCGGGCGGCGGCGGCGGCGGCGGCUGCGGCGUUGGCGGAACGCGGAGGGGGCGGAGAGAGCCCGCGGCGGCGGUGGCUACUGCGAAAUGGCGGAGACCGUAGCGGACACUCGGCGGCUGAUCACCAAGCCGCAGAACCUGAAUGACGCCUACGGGCCGCCCAGCAACUUCCUCGAGAUCGACGUGAGCAACCCGCAGACCGUGGGGGUCGGCCGGGGCCGCUUCACCACCUAUGAGAUCAGGGUCAAGACAAAUCUUCCCAUCUUCAAGCUGAAAGAAUCUACUGUAAGAAGAAGAUACAGUGACUUUGAAUGGCUGCGGAGUGAAUUGGAAAGAGAAAGCAAGGUUGUAGUUCCCCCACUCCCUGGGAAAGCAUUUUUGCGGCAGCUUCCUUUUAGAGGAGAUGAUGGAAUAUUCGAUGACAAUUUUAUUGAGGAAAGGAAGCAAGGACUGGAACAGUUUAUAAACAAGGUCGCUGGUCAUCCUCUGGCACAGAAUGAACGUUGUCUUCACAUGUUUUUGCAGGAUGAAAUAAUAGAUAAAAGCUAUACUCCAUCUAAAAUAAGACAUGCCUGAAUUUGGCAAGAAGAGGCAGAAAUGUGACCAUUAAUGAUUCACACGCACCAGUGAAGAAGUUGUAACUAACUUAGCAUGCUGCACAGAAACUGGAAUAUGCUCCCAGUAUACUAACACUCAUUUUCCUUCUGUUUUGUGUUGGCAGUUGACAAGAAGUUAAUUUGCUUUAGUGAGAAGUCCCUUACUGUGUCCCUCAUUGCAGCCUUUCUCUAUGAAUAGCUCUUCCUGUUGUCUCCGUGUGCACACUAUAGUCUCACAAGCCAUCCCAUAGAACCUGCAGUAUCCUAACUAAAGUUGCUGACUUGAUCUUUUUUUGCAGUUUUUGUGUCACAUUUGCUUCUUGAAUCUGAUGAACUAGAAUAUUUCUCUUCUUCCUGUAUUGUGUAAUGUCACCACUUGAUCCUAAGUUACAUGCAGGACCACUUCACCCUUCUUUCCCAGUGCCACACAUACAAGGUAUACUUUUGUGUGCAGAAUGUGUCUUCCUUCUGGCCUGUAAUCCCCUUCACAUAAGAGAUUAAUGAGGGAAAUCUUUAUAUUCUAUAUAAAAACAAAAUCAAAUUUAUAUACUAAAAUCAUUUGUCUAAAAAGUUAAGUUGUUUUCAAAUAAAAAUUAAAAUGCAUUCCUGAUAUGCACUGAC